AUGGCAGGUGGGGAUGAUGGACUCGAAGAUCACGAUGAUCCUCUCGCCGUGGGGAGCUACUCGCAACUCCUCUUUGCCGAUGAAGUCGCAGAUGAUCUUGACCCAGAUGGCUGCUUCAAUUUUACUACCUCCUCAUUUUCAUCCACUCCUCCCAAAAUGCUCUGCUUUGGUGAUGAAAAUAGUCAAGACUUUGAUUUUACUUUCGAGAAAAUUACUGCAAAAUUUGCUCAAAAAAGUGGAGUGACAUGCAGCGAUUCAUCUUCCGCCUCUUCAACGACUGUAAACAGCAACAUCACUACUGCUAUAAGCAAGACCAACGUUAGCUCUUCACAAAAAUCAAACAAAAAGAGAAAUGUGUCAGGGGCUAUUGGCGCUGCCAACGAUGAACCAGUUCAGAACUCAGCCGUCGGUAAUGUAGCUCCGGCGGGAAGCCAGAAAAAUUGUAAGAAAAAGAAAUCUGCUGAUAACUUGAUUGAGACGGCGACGGGGUAUGCAAAGGUUAAAAAAGAGAAACUUGGAGAAAGAGUCAUAGCUCUCCAGCAACUCGUUUCACCCUUCGGCAAGACGGAUACGGCAUCAGUACUUCACGAAGCGAUGGGUUACAUCAGAUUUCUGCAGGAUCAGGUUCAGGUCCUGUGUUCUCCAUACUUGCAGCGUCUGCCUUCCUCGCCCCGUUACUUGCUUGAAAAAGGUGGAGAAUGCAAGGAAGGUGAAUCAACGAACGAUCUAAGAAGCAAGGGGUUAUGUCUGGUCCCAGUAGAGCUCACGCUACAUGUGGCAGAGACUAAUGGAGCCGAUUUUUGGUCACCGGCUAUGGUCAACAAGUAAUCAUCAAACCAAUAAUUAAGUAGGAGUGUGAAUUUUUUGUAUGGAUGGACAGAUGCUGCAAACUUCAUAAUGUUGAUAACCAGGGGAAACAGAAAAAAAAAUGGCUGUAAACUGUUGCCCGGAUGAAGAAAGAAGUAAAGGUGGUAGGAUGUAGCAGUAGCAGUACAUGGUACUCGUAAAUCACUAGAAAAAGAAACAAAAAGGUACUCGCAGUUAUAGGAUGGCAAAUUAGGCAAGCAGGAGCCUGUGAGUUCACUAAUUUUGUAUUGUCCCAUCAUACGGAGCUGUUGUGAAAAUCUUAUGACUCACUGUAGCCAAGUCAUCCAACCAAAACUCGAAAAAAAAAAGGGGGAAAAAGAAAGAAGACAAAAUGACCUCUUGCAUUGCCGUCGUUGUACUUGUGUGUUUUCCUUAUUGGGUUAAUGUGUACGACUUGCA